UCACUCUCUGUUGGUUCUGCUCACAGUGACCACAGGUUGCAGCUUCAGGCCAAGUGCCUCAACUGGUUAAGAGAAGACACUGCUCAGGAGCAGACAUGGAAAGUCUUCCUUUGACAAGAAAGACAAAUUUUGUCACUCGAGUCAAGAUGGCUAAAGGUGAUCCCAAAAAACCAAAGGGCAAGAUGUCUGCUUAUGCCUUCUUUGUGCAGACGUGCAGAGAGGAACAUAAGAAGAAAAACCCAGAGGUCCCUGUCAAUUUUGCUGAAUUUUCCAAGAAAUGCUCUGAGAGGUGGAAGACCAUGUCCGGGAAAGAGAAGUCGAAAUUUGAUGAGAUGGCAAAGGCGGAUAAAGUGCGCUAUGAUCGGGAAAUGAAGGAUUAUGGACCAGCUAAGGGAGGCAAGAAAAAGAAGGACCCUAAUGCCCCCAAGAGACCACCGUCUGGAUUUUUCCUAUUUUGCUCUGAAUUCCGUCCCAAGAUCAAGUCUACAAACCCUGGCAUCUCUAUUGGAGAUGUGGCGAAGAAACUGGGCGAGAUGUGGAAUAACUUAAGUGACAGUGAGAAGCAGCCAUACAUCAACAAGGCAGCAAAGCUGAAGGAGAAGUAUGAGAAGGAUGUUGCAGACUAUAAGUCUAAAGGGAAGUUUGAUGGCGCCAAGGGUCCUGCUAAAGUUGCCCGGAAAAAGGUGGAAGAGGAAGAUGAAGAGGAGGAGGAGGAGGACGAGGAGGAGGAUGAGGAGGAGGAGGAGGAGGAAGAGGAUGAAUAAAAAAAAAAACUGUUGAUCUGUCUCCUUGUGAAUACCUUAGAGUAGGGAGCGCCUUGAUUGACACACCUCUCACCCAAGACGUGUCUGUUGCCCUCAUUAGGUUUAAUCACCCGAUUGGCUCAUGAUCAUAUCUUAGUCUCUCCAUGUGCUCUAGCAGUUGUAAGUGGUUUACAUUAAGUGGCCAUGGGUGUCUGGAGCACCUGGAAACUGUAUCAAAGUUGUACAUAUUUCCAAACAUUUUUAAAAUGAAAAGGCUCUCGUGUUCUCCUCACUCUGUGCACUUUGCUGUUGGUGUGACAAGGCAUUUAAAGAUGUUUCUGGCAUUUUUUUUUUAAUUUGUAAGGUGGUGUGUUAAUUCUAUGGUCAUUGGCUAGAAAUCCCGAGUUCUCAACUGUACAUAUCUAUAGUUUGUAAAAAGAACAAAGCAACCGAGACACACUCUUGAUGCUCCUUGCUUGGUGUGGAGGCUGUGUGGGGGCAAUGCCUUCCGGAGGGGCCGUAGCUCAGGGCGUGCACUGCGGGGCUGGACCUGUGGAUACUGCAGUGGGCAUCCAUUUAGCUUCAGGUUGUCUUGUUUUUGUAUAUAGCGACAUAGCAUCCCGCUGCCAUUCUUAGCUGUGGAAAGGGGAGGGGGGUCAGCAGGCAUGAGAAGUGUUUUGGAUCCUUUUUAGUUGAAGUGUGGUAGUUUUAAACUGUUUUUUUUUUUUUUUUAAACAAACUGUAGAACUGUUCAUUGUCAGCAAAGCCAAGAGCCACUGCACCAGUGAAAGUUCAAGAACCUUCUGUACUAAACACGAUCUGCAAUGUUCUGUUAUUUUUUUUUUGUAUGUUUAGAAUGUUGAAAUGUUUUUGAAGUUAAAUAAACAGUAUUACAUUUUUAAAAUU